AUUUUUUUUUCCCGCAAUUUUACUAGAAUACAAAAUACUUUGCCCUUGGAGCAAGGACUCCUUUUUCUUACGAAAAAUACGCUAUUGUAAAGUAGAAAAGCAAGUUCGAUUUAUUUCAGUCAGGAAUGGAAAUUUAGGGGAAAGAGCCGGUAAAACGGAUUUCGACCAGAAUCAUCCAAGCUUUCCCUGAUUCCGAUGACUGCCAGCAGAUAGCGAAGCCGGAGAAAUGAGCUGAGCGCACGCGAAGGAAGCAUCGCACGAUGAUCGCACAUGGUUCGACUCGCAACCGAUUCAAGAGUGGUGGGGUUGGAUUGAUAACAUAAAGAGCUACGCAGCCUGCAUCAAUCCCAGACCAUCGAUUCGCUAGCUGUCUGCGGCAUUUCGGAGCAGAAAAACCACUGUAGGCGUUAGCGAAUAGUCAGUGCCUAUAUAGGCUCUGUCGCGAUCUUAACCUGUCCAGCUAAGCUACCUCGACUUGCCACCGAGGAAGUCUAUCACGUGAAUAGCAUAAAAUCAAUUAGCAUAAUCUCCGAAGAAUCUUUCCAUUUGACAGUGUACUUUCUCGGUGAACAGAAAUAUGAUAAAAAAUGCGACGAUGAAGUUGAGUUGCGUGAGCAGAUUGCUCGGAGCUCGCGCCUCUGUUAGGAUGUUUUCUGCACCCAGUGGCACCGCAGCAAGCACCGAAGAAAGCGACGUGCUCUUACAAGAGGUAGGCAGCAGCGGCGUGAUCGUGCUCAAUCGCCCGAAAGCAUUAAACGCCUUGAAUCUGUCGAUGGUGCAAAAGAUCUAUCCGGUGCUCAAAGAAUGGGAGUCGAGCAAGAAAUUGGUCGUGAUAAAGGCUACCGGAGACAAGGCAUUUUGCGCCGGAGGAGAUGUGAAAUCGCUCGUCACGGCCCUCGGUCAACCAGGCGGUGACCAGCUUGGAAAGGACUUUUUCAGACAUGAAUACACUUUGAACCAUCUCAUUGGUACUUACAAAAAGCCAUACGUCGCCUUGAUACACGGUAUAACGAUGGGCGGAGGUGUUGGCUUAUCCGUCCACGGCAAAUACAGGAUAGCGACUGAAAAAACUUUGUUUGCCAUGCCUGAGACAGCCAUAGGUCUGUUUCCCGAUGUGGGUGGUACUUACUUUUUAUCGAAACUCAAGGGAAAGCUCGGAUUAUUCUUGGGAUUGACUGGGCACCGAUUAAAGGGCGUCGAUGUAUUGCUCGCUGGGAUCGCAACCCACUACGUUCCCUCUGAAAAGCUCGAGGCCGUAACUCGGGAACUGCUUGAAAACAAUUCUAACGUGGAUGAAAUUCUGAAGCAAUACAGUUCAGAGAACGUUGAGCAGAAAUUUAGUUUGUCGCCUCACAUAGAAUUGAUAAACGAAUGCUUCUCCGCGCCAACCGUUGAAGACAUCAUCAGCAGCCUCGAGGCUAACAAAUCCGAAUGGGCGCAACAGAUAGCUGAAACGCUUAACAAAGUUUCACCAACGGCGCUUAAAGUUACGAAGAAAGCCAUUGAAGAAGGCAGCAAUAAGACACUAGCAGAGAGUUUAGUCACAGAAUACAGAUUGGCUUGCGCUUGUCUGAAUAAAGACAGCGACUUUGCCGAGGGUGUGAGGGCUUUGUUGAUUGACAAAGAUCAAACCCCGAAAUGGAAUCCCAAGUCACUAAAGGAAGUUACAAAUGAAUUUGUAGAACAAAGAUUUGCUCCUUUACCAUCUCAAAAUGAGUUGAUUCUUUCCAAGCUGUAAAUGUUAAGCGUUAUUAAAACCAAAUAAAUUUUGUAUUUUUUGUACACUUUGCAUACAAUUUGUACAUAGCCAUUCCAUACUUAUUCAUUAAUCAAAAACCGAAGUUUUAAUUAAUGAAGUAAAUAAUAUUUUAAAAGUUAUUAAAUUGUAAUAUAUAUAUAUAUGUAAAUCAAAUGCUUCUAGUAUAAAAACAUCGUUUUUAUUCAUGUAAAAUGAACGAAGAAAAUAAUGCACGUUAAGUACCUUACAACUAUUGCAGAUGCACAAAGAACAUGUCAGUCAUUGCUGAAUAAACCAAUCACACAAUCAACAUGAAGCAUCAGUUAUUUUUUUUUUUUUUUUUU